UUGGGUGGGACUUGGACGACUUCAUAUAGACUCAUAGUUCAUAGCCUAGUAGCCCAACCCAAACCACACUUUCCAUUCUCAACUCUCCGAUCAAGUUCCCGUGGCGCGAGCGUUUCUCUUUGUUCCUGUCCGCGAGGUUUCUCUGGUCCGAUCUCCCGAUCCGGCUACUUUCUCUGUUCGGGAGGACAUAGUAGCAACAAGGAAAGAUGCCUGCACAGAAGAUUGAAACUGGUCACAGUGACAUAGUUCACGAUGUGUCUAUGGAUUACUAUGGAAAACGUGUUGCAACAGCUUCAUCUGAUGCCACCAUCAAAAUAAUUGGCGUGAGCAACAACUCUACUUCACAGCACCUUGCUACUCUGAGUGGUCAUCAUGGUCCAGUUUGGCAGGUUUCGUGGGCACACCCCAAAUUUGGUUCACUCCUGGCUUCCUGUUCCUAUGAUGGUAAAGUCAUUAUUUGGAAGGAAGGCAAUCAAAAUGAGUGGGCACAAGCUCAUGUUUUCAGUGAUCACAAAUCCUCGGUUAAUUCUAUUUCAUGGGCUCCUCAUGAACUUGGGCUUUGCUUGGCAUGUGGAUCCUCUGAUGGAAACAUCUCUGUUUACACUGCCAGAUCAGAUGGUAGUUGGGACACCACAAGAAUAGACCAGGCUCACCCCGUUGGAGUAACUGCAGUUUCAUGGGCUCCAUCAAUGGCUCCUGGCGCUUUAGUUGGUUCUGGUGCACUUGAUCCUGUUCAGAAGCUUGCAUCCGGUGGCUGUGAUAAUACCGUGAAGGUUUGGAAGCUUUAUAACGGUGUUUGGAAGAUGGAUUGCUUCCCUGCCCUUCAGAUGCACACUAACUGGGUGAGGGAUGUUGCCUGGGCACCCAAUUUGGGGCUUCCAAAAUCAACAAUUGCAAGUGCUUCAGAGGACGGUAAAGUUGUCAUAUGGACUGUGGCAAAAGAAGGUGAUCAGUGGGAGGGGAAGGUUUUGCAAGACUUUAAGACUCCCGUUUGGAGGGUCUCAUGGUCUCUGACUGGAAACCUGUUAGCUGUAGCAUCCGGAGACAACAAUGUGACGUUAUGGAAUGAAGCAGUUGAUGGAGAGUGGCAACAGGUCACAACCGAUGACCACUAGAAAUCCAGUUUAUCUAAUAUCUCAGUCCAAGACAUCUUUACUGAAUCUUAGUUUCAAUCACAACAGGACAAGAAUUUUAGUUUCAGUGCUCCUUUUGUUUGGCUUAAACCAAUCCAUUCAUUAGUAUCGGUUAUGUGAUGAGUUGAUGACAAGUACUUUACCCAAUCCAGGGUGUGUUGAAAAUGAGACAUCUUCAUAUUUUGUUUGGCUGUAUUUCCAUUAUCAUAUAUCAUUUCAAAUACACUUUUGAGUCUAUUUGCUCCUGGACUCCUGAA